GGAUGGACCAUUGCGUCGACGUGCGGCCUUGCAAUCCAAUAUGCGAACAUCGGGCCGCUCAUCUACCGCCUCUCCCGCACGAGCUUUGAGAUCUUAUCCGUCGCGGUGUAUGGCAUAUUGGCCGUCGGUGUUUUGAGCAUGGCGUCGUUGGCCUGCUUCUGGGACGUGACCACGGAGAUCAUGGGAUCACGCUGCUGCAUCAUGCUAAUGUUCCUUACGUUCAUCGCCAUCGCCGAGUUGCAAACGGGCCAGGCGCAGCGGGUGUUCAGCCUGGUGGAGGUGCUGCAGGCGUUCAGCCUUUCGGAG